AUGAUGAAAUUUUGUUCAAGAAAUUAUCUUAUUCAACGCAUUGACGUGUUUAACAAUAACUGCGGCGUUUUCAGAAAAGGUAAAGUUUGCCUUUGUUCUAUAAUGCAUAUGCAGUUGCCUCUUCCUGAUUUGCGCAUGCUCUAAUGCAGUUUCCUGUUCGAACCGUAGAAGGUUUAUAAGUAAAAUUGCACCAAUAUUAUAACGGAUAGCGCUUGUUUGAGAACGUAUAGCUAUUUUAUUAUAUAUUAGUAUUGCCUGCCGAGUUUUUAACACGAGCCUCUGCGUCGGAAGAUUUGGAAACCACUUCUUGCGUCAUCGACAUUGAUCAGUUCAUUAAAUCAUUUAAAUUGCACUUUGAACAGUUUGACAUUACUUUUUACUGACUUCUUACGGCUUCUUUUCAGCCCUUUAGUCCUUGAAUGUCCUGUCACAUGGCUUUCAAUGUCCUAAACCGUGGUAGCAAUGCCCGAACAAACGGGAUGAGAAUGCAUGAGAAUUGACAGUCACGUGACGUUGGUUAGCUGUUCUUGAUGCUUUCCCAAAGGUCGAUUUACACUGCACAACUUUUGCCUAAAACUGUCGCAUGCAACCUGCUUACAGCUUGAGUUGUACUGUGUAAAGCGCACAACUUUAAAACGUAGUUGGAACACUCGUGAAACUUUUAUUAUGUUAAUCUAGAGUUUGAAAUGUUCCCUGUAAUAUUUCGUGACUUCCAGCUCUCAUAAACUCUUAUUCUCGUUUGACUGGGGCUUUACAAUGAACAAACAAGUAAGGAAUGGCCCGUACUGGACCUCUUGAGAGAACUGUUUAGAACUGAUAGGGCUACUCAGUAUAAAUACAGUUUAGUGGGUUUCUCGAACUCUUUCGUUUUAUAUCUUAGUUCUGUAUGGAUUUCACAAUUUACGUCGUGACAUGGUGGAACAACCAACAGAAGUAAACGAGAUAGUGGGCUUACUUAUGGAGAAGAAUAAUAGAGUGGGUGUGGUCGGCAGUCGUUGGUAUCCACGGUAUGGGGGGCUCGGUAAGAUUGUCUUAGCCCUGACUAUUGCUUGGGAUGACUUCGUUUCUCGUCAGGUUAUCUGGCUUGACAUUGGUAAAACCGCAGACUGCUUAGCACUGAUUAAUAUCCUCAUAAAAGCUCUUCGGGGAGUUGUAUCGUUCA